AUGCAGGCUGAUUAUGAGAUGAAACAGCUCCUGGAGUCUAUACAAGGACUUAAUCUCGCCCAAGCAAAGGGCAACCGGCACUUUGAGGCCCACGUGUUCUUUGACGGAGCUGUGAAGGACAGAAACCCAACGGAGUUUGUACUACAGCUGGUUUCACUUGCUGAAACAGUGCUAGGUGUAGAAGCAGAAUUCAGUACCAAAAACGCCACCCCGUACGGAAUCUCAUUUUCAUGGAAACUAAAAGCUGCAGACAGCGGGAAAGGAAUGGCGUUCCGAAUCCACCUUAAAGAUAAUCUAAAGGUCAAGAACAAGAAAAGGUGGAGUCAGGUGAUGUACAUGUCAUAUGUGCUCGACUUUCUCCUUAAACAAGACGAAAAUGCAUCGGAAGAAGACUGUUUUGUCCUCACAACUGAUGCAGACGUGCGGUUCACACCUGACUCUGUUGAAGCCCUUCUUGACCUCAUGACCCGAGAUAACACAGUCGGGGCGGUGUGUGCCAGAACCCAUCCCCUUGGGAGCGGUCCACUAGUGUGGUACCAAGUUUUCGAGUACGCGAUCGGUCACUGGUUUCAGAAGGCGGCGGAACAUGUUAUUGGGUCAGUUCUCUGUUCACCAGGAUGUUUCAGUGUGUACAGAUGCCGAGCUAUCAGGGAUAUCCUUCCUCAGUAUGCAACGAAUGUGGAACACGCAUUCGACUUCCUCACCAAAGAUAUGGGGGAAGACAGAUGGUUCUGUACCCUUCUGGUCCAAAGUGGCUGGCGGAUUGAAUAUUGCGCCGCUUCAGAGAACAGUACGCAUUGUCCGGAAGACUUCGACGAGUUCUUCAAACAGAGGCGUCGCUGGGUUGCGUCCACAUUAGCAAACCUGAUGCUUCUAAUCAAGGAAUGGAGCAUCAUCUCAAAGUUGAACCCCCGUGUGUCAAUCAUUUUCCUAGUGUAUCAGAUGAUCAUAUUGAGUGCCACUCUUAUUGGACCAAGCUCAGUUAUCCUGGUAGUAACCGGUGGCCUCAAAUACUCUUGGAAUAUCGGCGUUACGACCAGCGUUGUGCUACAAGUACUUGUUACCGUGGGAUACGCAGCUACGUGCCUGUUGACGUCAUCAAAGACGCAGCUAAACGUUGCAAAACUGUUAACAUUCCUGUACGCUGUGAUCAUGUCGGCUGUAAUGGUCGGUGCUGCAGUUCAGAUUGCAAAUGACUUCAGCAAAGACAGUGACACUGUUAUCAAUAAAGCAAGCUUCCCCAUAUCAAUUACAACUCUUUACCUCGGGAUAAUGGUUGGCAUAUUUUUCAUCACUGGAAUCUUACAUCUUUGGGAGUUUGUCUAUCUACUCCACGGCGUCUGGUUUUUCCUCUGUAUCCCGGCUGGCUAUCUCGUCUUAAUGAUCUACAGCAUCAGUAACAUCACCGAUCGAUCUUGGGGUACUCGAGAGGUAAAAACACACUCGGUCCGGGAAGUUAACAAAAGCUGGCAAGAUUCACUGACUAAGGCAUUCAAAUCCUUUUUCUUCUGCUGCUUUAAAAAGCAAUUAACUUCUGCAACAUCAAGCACACAAACUGAGCUUCCACAAACAAAGACGACAACAAUGCGAACAAUGUCAUUGGGUCGACAAACCACGACACAAGAAUCCCAGUCAAUGGUAGACGAAGAGCAGCCCACAUCUCUCAAGAUCUCUGAUUUUAGGUACGAGGUUUUGAAAACUUUGAGGAGGAACGAAAGGUUUAGCCAGCAAGCCCUAUUUUCGUAUUUCAAUGCAGUUUUUGACGACAACAGCGAAGACGAGGAAGAUACUGAAAACAAAGUACGGACAGUCGAGGAAUGGCUUCCCAAAGAAUCAAGGGACACUCCAGCGCAACAUGAGUUGGUAAAGAGAUUUAAGGAGCAUGGAUUCGAAAAUACUAUUUUCAUCAGCAGAAUGACUGAAAAGGAAUUAAAAGAUGUAGGUGUGAAAAGUGCUGGCUUGAAAAGUUUUUUUAUGGAAAAUAUCAAGCGCCUUCCAGAUUAUGAAAUUCAAGCCUUUGUACCGAAAACGGUUGAUGAGUGGCUGGACAACAUAGGCUUGGGGAUAUACAAGGAGAACUUCAAGAAGGAACAGAUUAGAAUUGCAAAAGAUAUGGAGGUAUUGAAGUCCUUCUCAAGGAGCGAUAUCGAGCGCGACCUUAAUAUAAAAAAGAUUGGUCACAUCAAAAGACUGCUGUACGCGAUAAGCAAGCUGAGAAAUCCAACAGAGGCCGAGAUGAAACUAAUUGAAGUUGGUGAAAGAUUGAACAAACCGGUCCAAGUCAAACUCUCUAACAAGGAUGGAUUUGAGUUUUGGGACAAUCUGAGAAACUUUUGUCUGAUUCCACAGUCCACAGCGUAUGGAUUGGAAAAGGACCUUAAAGAAAAGCUGGGUGACCUACGUAAUGCUUGGUUGAUGGUGUUUGCUGUCUCGAACGCUUUAUGGAUGGUCCUUAUAUUCACGUUGGCAAACCAAGGGCAGCUACUCAGUGUUGCGGGGAGUAACCCUGCUGGGUUGGUGGUUUUGGUGCUGUUUUCGUUCGUACUCCUCAUACAGUUUCUGGCAAUGAUACUGCACCGUAUAGGCACACUGACACAUUUCCUUGGUCGAGCGCCCUACCGAAUGAGCGGUGAAUUCAACAUGUCCUGGGCAUUUAAUGAUAGGUAG